UACUCUGUUAAAUAGCUGGUGCUUGGUUUACGAUGMGAAUAAUUAUAUUGUAUUUAAAUCUAUAAAAAAAUAUUAUUAUCAUUAUUUGUCGACACCAUGUUUAAAUACACACAGGGCAGAGAUCGAUUCGUGCCUGAUCGACAUCGGAGCCCGUAUUCGUUUUAUUCAGUACAUCACAUCGCCACAAAUCACCAAUACGAUUGUGUGUCCAACUGCAGCUUCGAUGAACCCGAAACCGAUUUCCUGGAGCCGUUCGAAUGCGAACGGCAGCAAGAGCAACAACACCGGUCUUUCCGCCAACUUCAGUCGUACAUGUCGCUGGAGUCCAUUGGCGGACACCUGUUGCGGCACGUAUUGAACAAGCGCAAAAGUGGUACAGAUGAGGCAGACUUAGUGUCCAUAUACCGGGAUGCUAACUUGACGUGGCCCAUCCGGAUGGUCAGCCAGAGACGUUUGGCCCGCAAGUUCAAUCAUGCCCACAACAAAUUACUGAUAGCCGAUCUGCUGUUGGACAUGCCGAAUCUGUCCAACGACUGGAUGACCAAGAUACUGGACUGGAGUUCGACGGGCUACUUGACGGCGGCCAUUCAAUCGUCGGUACACUUGUGGUCGUGCCACACCCAGAGCGUCCGGUACACGAUCGCUGCGGUCCCGACGCAGGCCGAAGGCGGCCCGACGAAAACCACCAUCGGCUGUCUGAAAUGGGACGCGCAGGGCGAAAAACUGGGAUAUUCGUUCACGGUGGAUCGGGUCGAAGAUUCGUCGUUCGAUUCGACGAGCGACUCGUGGGGCGACGGGGGUCUCGGCGACUCGUCGCUCUUAGAACGAAUAAACGCGUACACGGCACACGAACGGCGAUCCUCUGCAGAGCGGGACAACCSGCUCGACGCGACGUACCGAUCUCCGGACGUAAAUGCGUAUGCAGUUGACGAAACGUCCCGGAUACCGCGAAACAACGACGCGAUGAAGAGCACCGGACACAUAAAGGUACAUAUAGGCGUCUUCGGGGGAUGCACGAGGGCCACAGUGACAUUUUUCCGGUACGAUUUCGCCCAAAAAAAAUUAAUCACAACGCGCAUCAUACACAAKAUAGAAAAGAAUUCGGUAAUUAGCUGCUUGCACGUGUCGCAGGACAAAUGGAGUCGUCACUUGGCCGUGGCCACUCAUUCGCAACAGGAUUGCGUACUGAAAGUUUGGCGCAUCGAAGACCCGCUGGAAUUGUGCCCACACCACGAUCAGCGCAUCGAUUCGAGUAUCAACGUGACCGAAACCUUGACCGAUCGUUACGACAGCAAACAGAAUGGCCGAGCUAAUUGGCURAUAAAGGCGAAGGGAUAUAAUGCAUAUUCCGCUCCCGUUUUAGUGGAAAAAAACAGCGUCGUGGUGAUGCACGCCCUGGAUCGAAUCGUCGAGACGUUGAGCAGUAGCCAUACGGAUAGAGGACUGUUUUUCGCUUGGAGUCCUGACGGAAAACGUAUAGCUUUGACGAGUUCCGACGAAUCAUUGAAGAUAUGGAACUUUUGGCCGACCAGUAACAUCCAAAAAAAAUCCAAUAAUUGCCCUCCACACGCUCACACGAAUGCGACUUCCGCGGUUACUUCAGCUCAUUUUACGGAAGAUGAAGACUUAAGCAACAGCAAUUACAGACUUAUACACAAUCGGAGCUCUCAAAAUAGCCAAUCAAUGAUGUCUGAAUUAUCGUUGGAUGCUGCUCGCAUAAUAAAAUAAUCGCCGAUAAGACGUGCGUUAUGUUAAAUAAUUUACGUCUCGUGGGACGCGACGUGUGUGAUAAUAAUAAUUUAGCGUUUAUAGAAGUUUUUAAGAGUCAAUUAAUCGAGAAAAAACUUAUAAGAGCCACAAACUAAAAGAUUACUAUUAAAUCUGGUUC